AUGGAGAACGAAAUAUUCACACCCCUUUUGGAGCAGUUCAUGUCUAGCCCUCUUGUCACCUGGGUUAAGACAUUUGGACCGUUAGCUGGAGGAAAUGGGACCAACCUGGAGGAAUAUGUGGCACUAGUGGAUGGCGUGUUUCUGAACGAAGUCAUGCUGCAAAUUAAUCCAAAGUCUGCUAAUCAGAGGAUAAACAAAAAAGUUAACAAUGAUGCAUCGUUAAGGAUUCAAAAUUUGUCUAUUUUGGUGAAACAAAUAAAAACUUACUAUCAGGAGAAUUUGCAGCAAUUGAUCAUGAUGUCUUUGCCAAAUGUACUAAUAAUUGGCAAAAAUCCUUUUUCUGAGCCAGGUACUGAAGAAAUAAAAAAACUCCUCCUGCUUUUACUUGGUUGUGCAGUUCAGUGUCAGAAAAAAGAAGAAUUUAUUGAAAGAAUCCAAGGUCUGGAUUUUGACACAAGAGCAGCUGUUGCAGCCCAUAUUCAAGAGGUAACUCAUAAUCAAGAAAAUGUGUUUGAUCUGCAGUGGAUGGAUGUAAUUGUGUUGACACAAGAAUAUGUGGAACCUCUCUUGAAAAAUAUGGCAUUACAUUUAAAAAGACUUAUAGAUGAAAGAGAUGAGCACUCAGAGACUAUCAUAGAACUCUCAGAAGAACGGGACUGUCUCCGUUUUCUACCUCACGCAUCGGCUGCACAAUCACCUUGUGGAUCUCCUGGCAUGAAACGCACUGAAAGCAGACAGCACCUGUCAGUAGAGCUAGCAGAUGCCAAAGCAAAGAUAAGAAGGCUUAGGCAAGAGCUUGAGGAAAAGACUGAGCAGUUGCUUGACUGUAAACAAGAACUUGAACAGAUGGAAGCUGAACUAAAGAGACUUCAGCAAGAGAAUAUGAAUUUACUCUCAGAUGCCCGUUCUGCCAGAGUGUAUAGAGAUGAAUUAGAUGCUCUUCGUGAGAAGGCAAUUCGAGUUGACAAGCUUGAAAGUGAAGUCAGCCGGUAUAAAGAGAGGCUGCAUGAUAUUGAAUUCUACAAAGCUAGAGUGGAGGAGUUAAAGGAAGACAAUCAAGUGUUGCUAGAAACAAAGACAAUGUUGGAGGAUCAAUUAGAGGGGACCCGAGCCCGUUCUGAUAAAUUACAUGAGUUAGAAAAAGAGAAUCUACAAUUAAAAGCUAAAUUACAUGAUAUGGAGAUGGAGCGUGAUAUGGACAGAAAGAAGAUUGAGGAACUCAUGGAAGAAAAUAUGACUCUAGAAAUGGCUCAGAAACAAAGUAUGGAUGAAUCGUUGCAUCUUGGCUGGGAGCUUGAACAGAUAAAUAGAACUACUGAACUUUCUGAAGUGCCACAGAAAUCACUUGGUCAUGAAGUAAAUGAACUGACAUCAAGCAGAUUACUGAAGUUAGAAAUGGAAAACCAAAGUUUGCUGAAGACAGUGGAAGAACUACAAAGUACAAUGGGUUCUGUAGAAGGCAGUAAUUCAAGGAUGCUGAAAGUGGAAAAAGAAAACCAAAGACUUACCAAAAAGCUUGAAGAGCUAGAGAAUGAAGUUAGCCAAGAAAAACAAAGUCUUCAGAACAGUCAAAAUCUGAGUAAAGAUUUGAUGAAAGAAAAAGCACAGCUUGAAAAGACACUUGAAGCACUUCGAGAAAACUCAGAGCGACAAAUAAAGCUAUUAGAACAAGAAAAUGAACAUUUAAAUCAAACUGUAGCUUCUCUAAGACAACGCUCACAAAUCAGUGCUGAAGCAAGAAUGAAAGAAAUUGAAAAAGAAAAUAAAAUCCUUCAUGAGUCUAUUAAAGAGACAAGCAGUAAGUUAAAUAAGAUUGAGUUUGAGAAAAAACAAGUCAGGAAAGAACUGGAACACUACAAAGAGAAAGGAGAGAGAGCAGAAGAACUUGAGAAUGAACUGCAUCAUCUGGAGAAGGAAAAUGAAUUAUUACAGAAAAAAAUUACUAACUUAAAAAUUACUUGUGAGAAGAUAGAGGCCUUAGAACAAGAAAACUCAGACCUGGAAAUGGAAAACAGAAAACUCAAAAAAACUUUGGAUAGCCUAAAAAAUCUGACUUUUCAAUUAGAAUCCUUAGAAAAGGAGAAUUCACAACUUGAUGAAGAAAACUUAGAAUUAAGAAGAACGAUUGAAUCCUUGAAGUGUACAAGCAUUAAAGUAGCACAGUUACAAUUAGAAAAUAAGGAAUUGGAGAGUGAAAAGGAACAACUUAAAAAAAGCCUUGAACUCAUGAAAGCCUCAUUUAAGAAAACUGAACGCUUGGAAGUCAGCUACCAAGGCCUAGACACAGAAAACCAAAGGUUACAGAAAGCUCUUGAAAACAGCAAUAAGAAGAUUCAGCAAUUAGAAAGUGAAUUACAAGAUUUAGAGUCUGAAAAUCAGACUCUGCAAAAGAACUUAGAAGAGUUAAAAAUCUCUAGUAAGCGCCUAGAGCAAUUGGAAAAGGAGAAUAAGCUGUUAGAACAAGAGACUUCUCAGCUGGAAAAAGAUAAGAAACAGCUAGAAAAAGAAAAUAAAAGGCUUCGACAACAAGCAGAAAUUAAAGAUAGUACUUUAGAAGAAAACAAUGUAAAAAUUAGUAAUCUGGAAAAGGAAAAUAAAUCUCUAUUUAAAGAAAUAGUUGUAUAUAAAGAGUCAUGUGUACGCCUGAAAGAACUAGAAAAAGAAAAUAAAGAACUUGUGAAAAGAGCUACCAUUGAUAAGAAAACCCUUGUCACUUUACGAGAGGACUUGGUGAAUGAAAAAUUGAAGACCCAACAAAUGAACAAUGAUCUAGAAAAACUUGCCCACGAACUUGAAAAAAUAGGCUUAAACAAGGAGCGUCUGUUGCAUGAUGAACAGAGCAGUGAUGACAGGUACAAGCUUUUGGAGUCAAAAUUAGAAUCCACACUUAAGAAGUCUCUCGAAAUAAAAGAAGAAAAAAUUGCUGCUCUGGAGGCUCGUUUAGAAGAAUCAACAAAUUUAAACCAGCAGCUCCGUCAGGAACUUAAAACAGUGAAAAAGAACUAUGAAGCUCUCAAACAAAGACAAGAGGAGGAAAGGAUGGUUCAGAAUUCUCCUCCAAGAAGUGGAGAAGAAAAUCAAUCUGUCAAUAAGUGGGAGAAAGAAAAUCAGGAAACUACUAGAGAAUUAUUGAAAGUUAAAGAUAGAUUAAUCGAAGUGGAAAGGAAUAAUGCUACACUUCAGGCAGAGAAGCAAGCACUGAAGACACAAUUAAAGCAACUUGAGACACAGAAUAGCAAUUUGCAGGCUCAAAUUCUUGCACUUCAGAGACAGACUGUUUCUCUACAGGAACAAAAUACAACUCUACAAACUCAAAAUGCCAAGCUGCAGGUUGAAAAUUCCACCCUUAAUUCUCAAAGCACAUCUCUUAUGAAUCAGAAUGCACAACUGUUGAUCCAGCAGUCUGCUUUAGAAAAUGAAAAUGAAUGUGUGCUCAAGGAACGUGAGGAUCUGAAAUCAUUGUAUGAUUCACUUCUCAAAGAUCAUGAAAAACUGGAACACCUGCAUGAACGCCAAGCUUCCGAGUAUGAAUCUCUGAUCGCUAAACAUGGAAGUCUUAAAUCUGCACACAAAAAUUUGGAGGUGGAGCAUAAGGACUUAGAAGAUAGGUACAAUCAGUUGCUGAAACAGAAGGUGCAGCUGGAAGAACUGGAGAAAGUACUCAAGAUAGAACAGGAGAAAAUGCUGCAGCAAAAUGAAAAGCAUGAAACUGUAGCAGCAGAGUAUAAAAAACUUCGUGAUGAAAAUGAAAGGCUUACUCAUACACACAGUCAGCUCUUGAGGGAGAAUGAAGUUCUCCAAACCGAUCAUAAGAAUCUGAAAACGUUAUUGAACAAUUCCAAGCUAGAACAAACACGAUUAGAAGCUGAGUUUUCUAAACUCAAGGAACAGUACCAACAACUAGAUAUUACAUCAACAAAACUAAAUAAUCAAUGUGAGCUGCUUAGCCAGCUUAAAGGAAAUCUGGAGGAGGAAAACAGACAUCUACUAGAUCAAAUUCAGACAUUAAUGCUACAGAAUAGAACAUUACUUGAGCAGAAUAUGGAAAGCAAGGAUCUCUUCCAUGUAGAGCAAAGGCAGUACAUUGACAAGCUAAAUGAAUUAAGGCGACAGAAAGAGAAAUUGGAGGAGAAGAUAAUGGAUCAGUAUAAAUUUUAUGAACCAUCUCCGCCAAGAAGAAGGGGCAACUGGAUUACUCUGAAAAUGAGGAAGCUGAUAAAGUCUAAGAAGGAUGUUAAUCGAGAACGUUUGAAGUCCGUGACACUUACGCCUACCCGCUCAGAAUCCAGUGAAGGAUUUCUUCAGCUGCCCCACCAGGACAGUCAGGAUAGUUCCUCUGUGGGCUCAAACUCUCUUGAAGAUGGCCAGACCCUGGGGACCAAAAAGAGUAGUAUGGUUGCACUGAAAAGACUGCCCUUUUUGAGGAACAGACCGAAGGAAAAAGACAAAAUGAAGGCCUUCUACCGUCGCUCCAUGUCCAUGAAUGACCUGGUGCAGUCCAUGGUCCUAGCAGGAGGACAAUGGACAGGUAGUUCUGAGCAUCUGGAGGGUCCUGAUGAUAUAUCUACGGGUAAAAGGAGGAAAGAAUUGGGAGCUAUGGCCUUCUCUACUACAGCUAUCAACUUUGCAACUGUCAACUCUUCUACAGGCUUCAGAUCCAAGCAGUUGCUAAAUAAUAAAGAUGCUACAUCCUUUGAAGAUGUAAGUCCACAAGGUAUUAGUGAUGAUUCUAGUACAGGAUCAAGAGUUCAUGCUUCCAGACCAGCCAGCCUUGAUAGUGGCAGAACAUCCACUAGCAAUAGCAAUAACAAUGCUUCACUCCACGAAGUCAAAGCAGGUGCAGUUAACAAUCAAAGCAGGCCACAAAGUCACAGCAGCGGAGAAUUUAGUCUGCUACAUGAACAUGAGGCUUGGUCUAGCAGCAGCAGCAGUCCUAUUCAGUAUUUGAAAGGUCAUACAAGGUCCAGUCCUGUGCUCCAGCAGCGAACGCCUGAAACACUGGAUAGUCGUGGAAGACAGAUCAAAAGCGGUUCUCCUGGAAGUGAAGUUGUUACCUUGCAACAGUUUUUAGAAGAAAGCAACAAGAGUACCUCAAGCGAGAUGAAAUCUGCAAGUGAAGAGAAUCUUUUAGAUGAAGUCAUGAAAAGCUUGUCUGAGUCUGCGGAGCUGACAGGAAAGGAAAAGCUAAGAAAACAGCCAUCUGCCAGUUGUGGUAUUGUUAGAUCAUUAAGUGUAAAAAGUACAGUUGAUUUCUCAGAUGGACGAUCCAUUAAACCAGAACAACUUGUAAGGCCCAGCCUUCGUAAAACUGAAGAUACCUACUUUACUAGUUCUCCCCUAAAAUUUACAUCAGGCACUCAAGGGAAGACCAAAUCAGUUAAAGAAAAGAUACAAGCAACUGUAUCACAGCGACAAUCAAGAGAUUGCAAUCCUUAUGCUACCUUACCUCGUGCAAGCAGUGUGAUUUCUACGGCAGAAGGAACUACUCGAAGGACAAGCAUUCACGAUUUUUUGUCUAAGGACAGUAGACAACCUGUAUCAGUUGAUCCAGCACCAUCCACCACUGACAGAAGUGUUCCAUCGACCUCUAAUGUGGAAGCUAUACCAGAAAGCAGAAAUUCAAAAAGCAGGUCUAGGGAGCAACAAAGCUCCUAAUUCUAUUACCCACUACAUGAGAUGUGGGCCAAGUGAGAGAAAAGUGUCCUUCAGUAUCUCAGUGUGAAGCCUUUAUAUCUGAAGUUACAAGACAGCGACUGUAGGAAUCAUUAAUAAAAAUUAAGGGAAUUUUUUACAUUCUUCGUGACUAGAGCAGGAAAGAAAUAAAAACCUACCUACCUUCCUUCCUUGAAUCAAGGAGCUCUACUGGAGUCUACUGCCGAAAAUUUGUAGAUGGUCUUAGGAAUUAUUGCACAUUGCACUGUUAAGAUCUACUGAAUAAAGGACAGUUCUCAUCUCCCUAAGGACCAAGAAUUUUAAGGUCUCAAGAAUUACUCCAGGGAAAAAAGAA